UAGAUGAAUUUAUGGGAAUAUUUAUCCAAAUUCAAAGACAAAAUAUGUGAAGUUUCCAAAAUAAUUGUUUGAAUGGGUUUUGGAAAUAGUUUUGUCGAGGGAGCAGCUACUGUCCCGUAAUACUGUAACGUUUUUUUGCGAAAUAUUUUACGAUAUUUUUUUUGCGUAAAAUAAAAAGAAAUAAUAAGACCACUAAGUAAGCACUGAAGGUCACUUUUUGGCGAUAAUAGCAAAAGCAGAUCAAAGCAUUUUUAGCAACACCUUUGUGUGAUAAACUUUUGGCUUGAAGCAAUGCAGCAUAGGAGCAGCUUUGUGCACGCAUUUGGACCAGUUACGUCGUGGGCUUAAGUUGGAUAGGAUUGCUAAUCGAUUGAUUCAGUUUGUCAUCGCGCACCGGGUGCAUUUGAUAGCGACCGCAUCUGAUAGGGGAGUGCUGUCGUCAGGCACAAAAUCGCGAUAGCUCCAGCAGGUUAACAGGUGUGAGCAUUGUUUCCCUUCGGUACAGUCUCUUGCAAGCACCGGAACGUUACGCAGUAUGUCGAGCAAGGAGAGUCAAUUUAUCGUAAGCGGUCCGCCGCAUAAAUCCGAUAUUACUGCAGGUUGUGCAUCGUUGGGGACGUUCGUACGGCGUAAGCUGUUGCAGAACGGCACGGAUAUAGCAUUGAUCGAUGGUGUCUAUGGAACGGAAGCUACGUACAUGGAGUUGCUGGAGCAGGGAGCACGAGUUGCUGAGUGUUUACGGCGGGAAGUUAGCAUACGAAGCGGUGACGUAAUUGGUCUAGUAUCCGAAAAUCGCCUUGAAUUCCCAACCGUACUGAUCGGAUCAUUUCUGCUUGGUGCCACCGUAGCUCCUAUCAACCUUACCUAUACCGAGCGUGAGUUCGUGCACGCUUUUAAUUUGUCACGACCAAGGGUCGUAUUUCUGUCAUCCUUUGCUGCUGAUCGGAUAGUUGCAGCUGCGAACCAGUGUCGUAGCUUUGUCGAAAAAUUGGUACUCUUCGGUGAUGAGAAUCUUUGUGAAAAUGCGUCCACUAGUGUACCUUACACACUGAUGGAACAUUUUCUUGCUCCAGUUUCGUUUGUUAAUCCACUUGCUUUUGAUAUUCCACCUACGAAUGUGUAUGAGCACGUAGCAUUGAUCAUGUGCUCGUCUGGUACGACGGGAUUGCCCAAGGGUGUUCAACUGACACAGGCGAACGUGAUGGCGAGCGUAGCACUGACAGAGGAAUCAUCGUCUCUAACGGAAGUGCAGGAUCCAAUGGUGGUGCUGUGUGUGUUGCCCUGGUUUCACGCAUUUGGUUGUCUAAGCCUCAUUAAUGUGCUGUGCAUUAAGGAGCGCAUGGUUUCGUUGCCCAAGUUUGAGGACUUUCUUUACCUUGGUUGUAUUGAAACUUAUCGCUGUAAUACCCUGCUGACGGUGCCACCGAUUGUGCUGUUUCUAGCGAAGCAUCCGCUCAUCGAAAGCUAUGAUCUGAGCAGUGUGCAAACAAUCAUCUGCGGUGCUGCUCCACUUUCGCGUGAGACGGAGCAGCUACUCUUGCGACGAUUGCCCCACAUAGCGCACGUUCGGCAGGGUUAUGGUAUGAGUGAGCUUACGCUAGCUACCCUUAUCCAGAGCGGAGACGAUCACAAACCGGGCAGCGUUGGAUGGGUCCAGAUUGGGACACAGGUAAAGAUCAUCGAUCCAAACACAGGCCGAAGCCUUGGCCCGAAUGAACGUGGAGAGCUGUGCUUCCGUGGCACACAGGUCAUGAAGGGAUACAUUGGAAAUGACCAGGCAACACGGCACACGAUCGACCAAGACGGUUGGCUACACUCGGGUGAUGUUGGCUACUACGACAAUGAGGGGGAAUUUUUCGUUGUCGAUCGACUGAAGGAGCUGAUCAAGUACAAAGGUUACCAAGUGCCUCCCGCAGAAAUUGAGGCAGUGCUGCUGACUCAUCCGGCUAUACUUGAUGCGGCCGUCAUCGGUGUACCGGACGAGGCAGCGGGCGAACUCCCGUUUGCCUUCGUUGUACGCCAACCAGAUGAUGCCGGUGCUGCCAUCACCGAACAAGAGAUAGUGAAGUUUGUGUUUGAUAGAGCGUCGGCAGCAAAGCGACUACAUGGUGGAGUUCGCUUCAUUGACGCUAUCCCCAAGAACCUUAGCGGAAAGGUGCUGCGUCGCGAGCUGCGAGAGUUGGCCGGUGCUGAGCAUACGCGGGCCAAGUUAUAAGCAAGGGGGCUUAGCAAUGAGCUGAUUAGAUCGAUAACUCAAUUGUAACCCGGGGGUUCACGCAAUGUUUGCUUAAAUAAACUGAUAAAGGGGCUAUAAACCUGUUUAAACUGUAUCAACAACCUACUUGAUGGACAGCUGUAAGUACGCACCGUAUGUAUAAGACGAAAAGCGAUUGAAAUCCAAUCUGAGAGUGCUGCUGUACCUGUAUACUUGACCUCUUGAGCGCGAUUCCAAAGUUCCACUCCUCACUUAGGGAUCAUUCAACUAUUAUGUAACACUGGAUGGGGAUGGUUACUAUCAGCGUUACGUUUUGUUACACAAAGUGCAUUGAAAUUCCAAAAUUCUGAAUUUUGA